UUUGUACUUGCAUACGCUGAGGAAGUAUUCAUUUUAGAGAGGAAGAAAGCAAACGGGUGACAGAUUUGUCCAGCAUCAUGGGAUGCCUGUUUGUUGUUGUUUUGGUGGCAAUUUUCAACAACGCGUUUGCUGACCAAGGAGGACGCCGGUGGGGAUACGAAGAAACAGAGUUCGGUCCGGCAGACUGGGGUCUAGCGGUGCCGUCAUGCAGUGGUCAGUUCCAGUCUCCCAUCGACAUAGUUACUAGUUUGUCUCAGACAAACUCUUCUUAUGGUGGCCUAGUGCCGAUCUUUGAUAAUGAGGAUGGAACAGUGAGUGGUGUCUUGUCCAACAAUGGCCACGCCCCUACAGUUACUCUGGAUAAAACCCAAGGCGGUGUAACCCUCACGGCAGGUCCUCUUGGUCAAAACACCUUUCGUCUGGAACAGUUUUACUUUCAUUUUGGAUGCGAAAGCAAUGUUGGCUCUGAACAUACCGUGGAUGGAAACUCUUUUGCAUCAGAGAUGCACUUGGUGUUUUAUAAUGACAUCUAUGGAAAUUUCAAGGACGCCGUCUCCAAGCCCGAUGGGUUGGUGGUUAUCGGAGUGUUUCUGCAGGUGAACGGAGGAUUCAACAAAUGGAUGGAGAAAAUUGCUCUGGCCUCAACCAAUGUCGUAACUCCCAAUGGUGACAGCUACAGUCUUGAUGGCGGUAUACCGCUGACACAGCUUGUUCCAGACUUGAUGUCAAAAAGCGCUCCUUACUACACGUACAAAGGUUCCCUUACCACCCCUCCCUGCUACGAAUCCGUGCAAUGGAUCGUAAUGAAGAACCCAAUACCGAUCACCGAAUCCCAGCUGGAAUUACUGCGAUCGUUAUCCACGAUUAGCGACGACCCUCUGUGCAACAACUUCAGGCCUGUGAAACCGCUGAAUGGCCGCAAGAUUUUCACGUGGCCUGGAAAGGAAAAGCUGUCUGGCCUGCUGAAUGUCCCCUUUUACCAUUGACGAUCCAAUAGUGUCACUAAGACAUAACGAGGUCUAUAUGAUUACUAGUAGAAAGCCGGGUCAUAAUUUGGACUUGUUUCCUUUUUAGCAAAUAUCUAUCUUAAUUUAAUGGUAGUUCACCGAAGGUUGCAAAAAAAGUCAGAAAAGUUAAUAAAAAGCGGGCUUUCACCAUAACACUAAGCUGAAACGACCGUGUAACCUUUUGGGCUUAUAUGAAUCAUUUGCCAUUACUUUUUGUGAUCCUUAUAUUAUCUUUGCGUUAUAUUGGUAAACAUCACACUAAGAGUCCUAAAUUACCAAGCCUGUCCUCUGCGUUUCUUUAUGGUUUUUUCUCUGGAAUUGGCAGGAAAAUAUUCUCGGUAUCCUGGGUUCACCAGUGGAUUCCGGUGAGUCGUAAGGAGGUGUAUUGAGUUUGGACGAGAGGGAGUCGACGCUUUUAAACGCUGUCUCGCUCUCUUUUGCGAUUAUCAGAGAGUUAGCUAUACCAUAAGGUUGUACGUGUGUUAUUUUGGGGACUAAA